AUGAACGACAUGCGAGCAUAUGGUUCUGGCAUGGCCGGAGGGAAAUUUGAUAUAAAUUUAUUUCUUAAAAAGCCUACCGUGCUUUUUCGCAUUCUUGCAUUGAGUGCGGGAUUUGCACAAUGGUUAUCGAUAUCAAAAGGCGGAUGGAUGCGACCAACUGGAGAAGUACAAGAGAUAUGUUUGUAUGGAAAAAGCUCAUCAACUUGUUCAUUUGGCUCAGCAAUGGGGUUUUUUGCCGCAAUUUGUGCCAUUAUUUUCCUUCUAAGUGAUGCUAACUUUGAAAAAAUAAGUGCUGUUCAAACAAGAAAACGUAUUGUUAUUAUAGAUAUGGCAAUUUCAGCGAUAUUUACAUUUCUAUUCAUAAUAACUUUCUUCUCACUAUGGUCAAAAUAUGGUUCGUUAGAAUUAAAUGAGCCAUAUGAUAGUGGACUUAUUAAAUUCGCAAUCUUCUGCGCUCUAAUUUCUCUUAUUGCUUGGGGUGGAGCGACAUUUUUUGUUUGGCGUAGAUAUGAAGAAGGAGCUCGAACUACUUUUGCUACUUCUUAUGAACAAGAUUUUGCGUCAAGCUUAGUGCGUCCAGCUGAUUACAGUUAUGGAGAUAGUGGUGGUGAAUCUUAUCAAAACGCUCCAUUUACAGCGAUAAAUACAGCUGAUUCUCCAAUUGAUAUAAAGCAAUUUCAACAAGGCUACUAG